CUUUACUUGUCACAUUUCAACAUCUUUCCUCAGCUUAUUAGCUCUAUUUCUUUUCUGUCUGUAAAUGGUUGUUGUUGUUUUGUUCUUUGAGACAGGGUCUUGCUCUGUCACCAGGCUGGACUGUAGUGGCAUAAUCAUGCCUCACUGCAGCCUUGACCUCCCAGGCUCAAACUUCCGCAUUCUGAGUAGCUGGGACUACAAGUGUGCACCACCACUCCCAGCUAACUUUUUUCUUCUUUUGGAUAGAGACAGGGUCUCACUGUGUUGUCCAGACCGGUCUCUAGCUCCUGGCCUUAAGCAAUCCUCCUGCAUUAGCUUCUCAAAUUGCUGGAAUUUCAGGCAUGAGCCACCAUGCCUGGCCUGGGCUAUUCCCACAUUCUCUAGAGUUCUCUUUACUUUGUGCUAGCCAAUCUCUCAUUAUGCUGUUCACCUGUUAUAAUGAAUAAUUCUCUGUAUUAAAUUUUACCACUUUAAACUUUUGAGUGGUUUAUGCUUCCUGAUUGGACUCUGACUAAUAUGUUAGGAAGGGUCCCAGGAGGUAAACCCACACAGAUGGGAUUUGGGCAUAGGUUUGGUUUCCCAGGGGGCAGUGCUGAGCUCUUUGCCAGUGGGAAAUGGGAUGCUGGUGAUUUCCAGUAGGUGACCUCACAGUGACUCAAGCUACCACUUACUGUUGAUUGUGAUGAAAUGCCAGCUGAGGCACAUGCCUUGGGAGCUAAGUGGUUGCUGCCCUUGACCACUGUGAAGACUGGUGUGGGAAGGGUCGCUUUGGAUGCACUUGAGCAGGGGUCCCCAACCCCUGAGCCAUGGAGCCGCAAGGAGCCACACAGCAGGAGGUGGGAACAUCCAGUUGCAGGAAAACAAGCUUAACACGCCCACUGAGUCUACAUUAUGCUCCUACCUCCUGGCAGCCUCUCCAGGCCCAGCACUUUCUCCAGUCAGCCUCUACAGACCAAGCUCAUGACUCACCAUGGCCUAUUUAGGCCCAUACCCUACCUCACGGCAGUCUCCGCAGAUGAGGCUACUGCCUCACAACAGCCUCCACAGGCACAGCUCCAUCGUUACAAUGGCCUCUUUGGACCCAGCUCCUGCCUCCCAGCCUUCUCUCCAGGCCCUGAACUUUCUCAAGUCGACCUCACCAGGCCCAGCUCAUGCUUCUUUGCAGCCUCUCCAGGCCCAGCUCCUGCAUCUUGGUGGCCCCUCCAGGCCCAGCCUCUGCCUCCCGUCGGCCUCUACAGUCCCAACAUCUGCCUCACAGCAGAUUCUUCACGCCCAGCAUCUACCUCACUGUGGACCCCCCAAGCCAAGCUCCCAACCUUUUAGCAGCUUCUACACACCCAGCUCCUGCCAACCAGUGGCCUCUUUAGGCCAAGCUCAUGCUUCACAAGGGCCUUUCCAGGCCCAACUUUUGUCUCAUGGCAACCUUCCCUGGCCAGAUUCCUGCCUGUCUCCCAGCUGCCUAGACAGGCCCAGGUCUUGCCUCACACUGGCCUCUCUACAUCCAGCUUAUGCCUCACGGUGGCCUCUCCAGGCCCAACUCCUGUCCCAGGACGUCAUCUCCGGGCCCAAAACUUACUCAAGUCAGACUCUCUAGUCCCAACUGCUGCCUCCUGGUGGCCUAUGAAGGCCCAAAAUCUCCUCAAGUUGACCUCUCCAGGCCCAGCUCCUGCCUCCUGUUAGUGUCUACAGGCCCAACCUCUGCCUCAUGGGGGCUUCUCCAGGCCCACCUCUUCCUCUUGGCUGGGUCUACAGGCACAACUGCUGCCUCACAACAGCCUUUUUUGGCCCAGUUCCUAUCCCGCUCAUGGCGGCCAAUGUAGGCCCAAAACUUCCUCAAGUCAAACUCUCCAGGCCCACCUUCUGCUUCCCGGUGGCAUGAACAGGCCCAGCUUUGACUUGAGAACAGCCUCUGCAGGCCCUGCUCUUGCCUCCCAGGGGCUUUUUCCAGGCCCAGCUCUUGCCUCAUGGCAGCUGCCCCAGGCCAAAUUUCUGCCUGCCUGCCAGCAGCCUCAACAGGCACAGCUCCUCCCUCACACUGGCCCAUUUAGGCCCAACUCAUGACUGUGAGGCCAUUUCCAGGCCUAGUGCCUGCCUUGUGGCUGACUCUUGAAGCCCAAAACUUCCU